AUGCAAGCCGUCGUUUUCAAGGGCCCUUUGCAGGUAGCAUUGGAAGAAAGACCGAUACCUAAAGUACAGUUAUCAACGGAUGUCGUUUUGAAAGUACGAUAUACGGCACUCUGUGGCAGGCAAGACAUACCCAUACAUUUGCUACAUGUAUUUCGUGGGCAUCAGGCCUCCAAUACUGGGUUCAUAAUGGGACAUGAAUUCACGGGAGAAAUUGUUGAAAUCGGGUCAGACGUGCGAAGUUUCCGAAAGGGGGAUCGCGUUGUAUCACCCUUUACUGUCAGUUGUGGAUCGUGCUUCUACUGUGAACAUGGCUAUUCGUCCAGGUGUGCCGAGAGCAAACUGUUUGGUACAGUUGGACUUGACGGUGGCCAAGCCGAGUACGUUCGCGUUCCUUCAGCGGAUUCAACCCUCUUUCAAAUUCCAGCUUCUGUGGAUGAGAAGAAAUUGGUGCUUAUGGCAGAUAUAUUUCCAACCGGGUAUUUCGCCUCCUCAAAUGCCUUCUCCGGUCUAAGUCAAACGAAAAUUGAAGAUAGCACGGUGCUACUAUUUGGAUGUGGCCCAGUUGGUAUAUGUGCACUUGUUGCAGCCUUGGAGUAUAAACCGAAGAAUUUGAUUGCCAUAGAUAGCGUUCAUUCUCGCCUUUCGCUUGCAGAAAGUCUUGGAGCUGAAUCUUGGGACUUUCAGAAUGAUGAAGCUGGGUUACGGGAAAGGGUGAAGGAACUUACUGGAGGCCGAGGUGCAGAUGUUGUGAUUGAGGUUGUCGGCCAUAGCAGUGCACUCAGAAUGGGCUUUGAACUGCUGCGUCCGUGGGGACGAAUUUCAAGCGUUGGAGUUCAUAACCAAGAAAUACCUUGGACCGGCAACGAAGCAUACGGAAAGAAUCUGCACCUACAGAUGGGCCGAUGCCCUGUACGAAGUAUUUUUGGCCAGGCAAUGUCGCUUUUCCAAAAGAAACAGGAAGAACUCAACUUUAUGUGUCAUGAUAUCCGUCCUCUCUCAGAAGCUGUUAAAGCAUACGAUGACUUUAGUAGUAUGCGGGCGCACAAGGUUAUUUUCGAAGCAAGUACCAUCUAG